CCGCGGCAAAGACACAGAGAAGAGAGGUGACAACAGUCAAAAGCGAGCGAGGCGGAAGAAAUCCCUUGAGAUGGAUGCAAGACCGCGACGGGCAUCGUCCUCGCCGGCGGCGGCGACGGCGGCCUUGUCCCUGCUGCUCCUGUUCCCCAUGUUCUUAGGGGGGCAGGCGUCGGCGUACGGCGACGAUUCGGGCGCCGGCAGCAUGACGGCGCUGCAGAAGCACGCGGCGUUCUUCGACGGCGACAAGGACGGCGUCGUCACCUUCUCCGAGACAUACGCAGCAUUUCGGGCCCUUGGAUUCGGGUAUGCCGCCUCCACCUUGAGUGCUACCUUCAUCAAUGGCGUCCUUGGCCCCCAGACCAGACCGGAAAAUGAUACGGCGCGCAUGUCCAUCUACAUCGAGAACAUCCACAAGGGCAUCCAUGGGAGCGAUUCAGGCGCGUAUGACUCUCAAGGAAGGUUCGUUCCCGAGAAGUUCGAGGCGGCAUUCGCCAAGCACGCCAAGACGGUGCCGGACGCCCUGACGUCCGCGGAGGUGGACGAGCUGAUCACCGCGAAUCGGGAGCCCAGCGACUACGCGGGAUGGGCGGGCGCGUCGGCGGAGUGGAAGUUGCUGUACAGCAUCGGCAAGGACAAGGACGGGCUCCUCCGCAAGGACGCCGCCAGGGGCGUCUACGACGGCAGCCUCUUCGCCAGGGUGGUGCAGGAGCGGAGGACAUCUAUAGGAGAAACCCAGGCAUGAUCGUGGCACGCCGUCACGGUGUGUGGCUACCGUACAAGCGACGGAGGCCAGUCGAACACUCGAGUCCGUCCGAACCGAUGCGUCGCUGGCUAGUUACAGGGCAUUACUUAUCCGGUGUGAUUGGCUCGUCGCGUCACGCCGUCACGGUCUGUCGCCACAUAGCUACGGACGGUACUAUACUGCUGAAUUAAUGUUUAAAAAAAUAGGCAGUGUGAAAGGGUGUGAACGCUUGUGAACGGAAUCUUGGGAUGGGACCGAUGUCCUGUUGUUUGUGUCCUGUGGAUAUGGUUUUAUUAUGCGUACACGACUGACUUGCUAGGCGGUGCACUCGUA